AGAAUUAUCUCCCUUGCCUUGGAUUAUUGCAAAGCGACGAAAAGCGAAAGCAGAGAGCUUGCAAGUUGUGAGCACACAAGGCUGUUAAGUGUAUUAUUUAGCAAUCAGCCAACGCGAUGGCUGAACAUGGAAACCUAGGCUGCGAAUAUGAUGAGUCCUUUUUCAAAGAUGUGAGAAUCAAUUUGCCAGCUGUCAAGAGAAGAGCAGCUGAGCUGGGGAGUAGGAGGACUGUCAAGAAACACUGGCAGGCUGACUGGCAGUUGCGUGCUGUGACUUGUAUCGACCUUACAACCUUGGCUGGAGACGACACACCAUCCAACGUCUCUAGGCUUUGUUUCAAAGCCGCACAUCCUGUCAGCACCGAUGUCUUGAAGAUGCUUCAGGUUGACCAUAAAGAAAUCACAACCGGUGCUGUGUGCGUAUACCCCAACCAAGUGACAGCAGCGAAAGAAUCGCUCAAGAUGGUGGGAAAACCUUCAAUUCCUGUUGCUUCAGUUGCCACUGGAUUUCCCUGUGGACAGACUGCGCUUGCUCCUCGGCUUGAAGAAAUCAAAUAUGCUGUGAAUGAUGGAGCCACAGAAAUAGAUAUUGUCAUCAACAGGACGUAUGCUCUCGCUGGCAAUUGGAAAGGUGUCUAUGACGAAGUGAGGCAAAUGAAGCAAGCCUGCGGGUCAGCUCAUAUGAAGACCAUUUUAGCCACAGGAGAGCUUGGCUCUUUGAACAACGUUUAUAAAGCCAGCAUGGUGUGCAUGAUGGCAGGAGCUGACUUCAUCAAAACUUCCACUGGAAAAGAGGGGGUCAACGCAACCUUUGUGGUUGCAUUAGUGAUGAUAAGAGCCAUAAGGGAUUUCCUUCAACGUACUGGCAUUCGGGUGGGCUUCAAACCAGCUGGUGGCAUCCGAACAGCUAAAGACGCCUGUGUAUGGCUCUCCAUGAUGAAGGAAGAGCUAGGAGACGAGUACACGAACCCCAGACUCUUCAGGAUCGGGGCCAGCACACUUCUGGGAGAUCUAGAGAGACAGCUGUACCACUUCGCGACAGGUGUUUACCCAUCGGUGGUGGAGAUGCCGCUUGGUUAAGAGCUGGGUACUAGACAAAGUUUCUGGUUUUUAUUAUAAUUGAUUGAAUGUGAUUCAUGUGUCGUAAUGUUGAACAAAAGGUGAAUGUAGAAAUAAUUGUUGUGUCUAUAAAAGUUGGAGGAAGAAAA